AUGAGCUAUCCUCCGGGUUCUUUGCGCUCUUGUCACGAGGCUGAUGGUCGAAGUGACCGAUCAGGUGGUUCCGGAGGAACAGGCAGUGGUAGUGGUAAUAUUUACGGAAGUCUAUACGGAAGUACGUUCAGUGAUUGCAAAUGGCAUCAUCACCAACCACAGCUCCAACAACAAAUUCAAUCCCAAUCUCUUCCUCAACAACAACAACAACAACAAUUAUCCUCAACCUGGCAGAAAUGGGCUGCCAGUUUUGACGCUUUGUUAAGUGAUGGCGAGGGUGUUGCUCUCUUCAAGUCCUACCUUGUAUCCGAGGGCUGUGGAAAUCUUCUAGAUUUCUGGUUUGCUGUCCAGGGCUUCAGAAGUAAAGUCGACCCAUCAGAUCGAAAAAAAAUCCUCCAACUUAUCAAAGUCAUCUACCAGACCUAUAUUCGUGGUUCUACCAGUACGUCAACGGUUCCUCCUGGAUCUUCGUCAAAUGCUCGAAGUCGUAGAACACAUACUCCUGUCCGAUUACGUCCGGAAACUCGAAGAGCUAUUGCCGAUCGUCUAUCUCAUAAGAGCUCUCUCGAUCAAACUGUUUUUGACGAAGCUCAGACUGAGAUUGGUCAUCUUCUUCGCACCACGGCUUAUCAAGCUUUCCUUAAAUCCGACGCAUUCAUAAUGCACAUUCAAGAGGGCUCUAAAGCUCGCAUUCAGGGCAUUCCUGAAGAAGAUUUCCAUCGACAGUAUCUUCCAACAGUUGAAGAAGAUCGAGAAUUAGGUCAACAGCCUGCUUUGAAACCAGGGGGUUCUGUGACACCGGCGACAUACCACUACUUUUGUGGACCUCCUCCCCCAAUGAUCCAAACUCAACAAGCUCCCCCCUCUCAACAACAACAACAGUGCUCCUGUCAAAGCAGUGGCGCUAGUCCCUGGGGACUUUCGUAUUAUCCUCCCCCUACGCCCCGAACCUGUUAUCCCCCAGCUGCACCCUUGACACAGGAAAAUAUCCAAAUGACACGUUUCCAAAGGGCUGAAUUGCCGGUGCCACAGCACCUGUCAUGUUGUCCGCAUUGUCAAACGCCGUUUCAACAGCAGAAUCAACAACAAACUGUCCAACAGCAGCACCAGACACAAAUAGCCUCUUCUAGUAAUCCGCUUUCCCCGGUUCAGCACAAAUCCCUUGGUAGAAUAAGUUCCACUUCUGGUCCUCGAAAAUGGAUGGAUGCUAUUUGUCCCAAAUACGAGUACUGCUCACCGCCUUUACCUCCACAGGGGGGUUUUCCGCGGGCGCCUCCUAAUCCUUAUCAUGUCUCCUUCGCACCCGUGUCUAUGCAGGAAUCUGAGCAUCAUAGUCUAUCAAGUGGUGCCCACACUGAAGAAAGCCUCUCCCACACUGAUGGAACUUGUGAUGAUAUGCGUACACGGUUGCACCUGGCCUCCCUCCGCCACACCCCUCGAAUCUCUUCAAAUUACCCCAUCUUCGAGCCUCCAACAACUUCUCUUGCUGCAACCACCACAGCCAACCCUUCCAGCAGCGGAGUAUUCAACAGUCACAAACAUAAGCGAGGAAGUAGUUCCUCAAGACGUGUGACUGCUAAUUCAGGCUCUGUUGCUGCUACAACGAAUAAGUCUGUUGCCGCCGCUACCCUGAGGGAUCAGAAUUUGGCUGAACUAGAUCCAACUGGCUUUGCUAAAUUGCUGAAUGAACGCCUACAGCGUGUUGUGGAGGAUCAGGUUGCUAUGGAGAGGCUGGAACGAAUCAUGUCGGAGGUCGGAAAUGAAGAUGAACAGGGCGAAACAGGAGUAGAAGGGGUGGAGGGAGGUGAAACCCAAAAAAUCCCCGAAUCAGAUCUUGAAAAGGACACCACGACAACUGUGACGGCGACCACACAGAGUGUAACAGAGGUCCUGAGAGUUGAUACAGAGACUGAUACAGAACUCGCCAAAGUGAUGGAUAAUUUGAGUGUUGCGUCUACAAAUAGUAACUCUACCACCGCUACCACUACGGCAACCACUUCUAAGCCCUCUGUUCUCCAAAGACCUUGGGCUGAUCGACUGUUAGCUGCCGCCUGGGUACAGCAUGCUAAACAAGGUGAUAAUGCUCAGGUACGUCAUUUUCUCGCAUUCGAACUCUUGUGA